AUGGAAACAAACAACCAUUUUAACUUCACUGGCCUUUCCUCCGCACCCGCUGCCUCAGGACCGAAACCCACGCCUGCCUCAGGGGACAGCCCCUUCGCCCACGGCUCCCCGCUCGGCUUCCCCCAGCAAGGGAAAAGUCUGAACGGGGGCAUGAAUGUCAAUGGCUUCUCUACUGUAUCUCACCCCAGUACUUCAGGGACCUUCGCCCCCAGCUCGCCGCCCGCCGGCACGCCGCCCCUCCGCUCCUACGACUGCCUCUGGGACUACACGCCGUACCCCCAAACCGGUGGCCUCAAGGACGGCAGCCCCGCCACCCCCCCGCUCCCCACCCUCGGACAGUUUCCCCUCAACGGCGUCGCCGGGGGGGGGUCCCGGCCGGCGUCCCCGGGACACGGCACUAACCUACGGGGGGCCGGGCAGGAAUUCUGGGGCAACGGCAACCCCGGCCCCAUGGGGCUGAAUUUCGACUCGCAGGAGCUGUACGACUCCUUCCACGACCAGAGCUUCGAGCUGAUGCAGAACGGGCCGGCCGGCUUCUACACGGCCUCCCAGCCCUCCCCCAUGUUGGCCUCGGACACCCAGCCCUUCUCGCUGCCGUCGGACCCGCCGGAGGAGCCGGGCGCCGGCCAAGGAGAUGCCGACGCCGCUGCCAAAGAGAUCCCCCCCGCCAUCGCGGAGAACGGGGGCGGGCUGGUGGGCAGCAUGGAGCUGGAGGAGGCCCAGCCAGACUUGAAGAUCUGCAGCUACAACGGCUCUGCCCCCGGCGCGGCGCCGCUCGGGCAGGAGGGGCCUGUCCUUGCCCCCGGCGCCGGCAGCGACUGCCUGGGGGACGCGUCGCCCAUCGCCCCUCGGCUGGAGGACGCCCACAUCCUCAGCGAGGACCCGCUGGAGCCCUUCGAGUCCCUCUCCAGAGACGACAGCGUCACCCUGAACAGCAGCAGCCACGCGGGGCCGGAGGAGUCGGGGUCCCUGGAGCUCGACCCCCCGCUGGAGCCAGAGUCCCCGGCCCCGUCUGCGGAGGAGGAAGAGGAGGAAGAGGCUGCUGAUAGCUGUCCGGAGAUUUCGGCCGUGCCAGAAGGGGAGAGUGAAGAGGCCGCCCCGCUGAGCACCUCGGCAGCAGGUGAUGUCCCCCGCCGGCGCAUUGCCACCCAGGAGGAGGUGCGCUUUCCCCUGCAGCACGGGUGGAGGCGGGAGGUGCGGAUCAAGAAGGGGAACCAUCGCUGGCAGGGCGAGACCUGGUACUACGGGCCCUGCGGGAAGAGGAUGAAGCAGUUCCCGGAGGUGAUCAAGUACCUGAGCAGGAACGUGGUGCAGGACGUCCGACGGGAGCACUUCAGCUUCAGCCCCCGCAUGCCGGUGGGGGACUUCUACGAGGAGCGGGACACGCCGGAGGGUCUGCAGUGGGUGAAGCUGAGCCCCGAGGAGAUCCCCUCCCGCAUCCAGGCCAUCACGGGCAAGCGCGGCCGACCCCGCAACGCCGAGAAGACCAAGCCCAAGGAGCCACCGGCUGCCAAGCGUGGCCGGGGGCGGCCUCCCAAGGUCAAGAUGGUCGAUUUGCUGAGCAAGACGGAUGCGCGGCUGCUGAAGAGGCUGGAAGCCCAAGAGGUCCUCAGCGACGAGGACAAGCUGAAAAUGAGCAAAAUCAAGAAGAAAAUGAGACGGAAGGCCAAGAACAAGCAGAAGCAGGAAGCCAAAGCCCCCAGAGCGAAGGAGGCCAAGAAGAAGUCCAAGCCCAAGGAGAAGAAAGGCAAACCAGAGAAGGGCAAGGAGAAAGCACGGCCCAAGGAGAAGAAAGGCAAAGGGCCUCGGAAGGCGGACAAGGGGCUACUGGCCCAGCGGCGCCUGGAGGAGCGGCGGCGGCAGCAGCUCAUCCUGGAGGAGAUGAAGAAGCCCACGGAGGACAUGUGCCUGGGGGACCACCAGCCCCUGCCAGCCUUCUCCCGCAUCCCGGGCCUCAUCCUGCCCAGCCGAGCCUUCUCCAACUGCCUGACGGUGGUGGAGUUCCUCCAGAGCUACGGCAAGGUCCUGGGCUUCGACCCGGCCAAGGAUGUGCCCAGUUUGUGCGCGCUGCAGGAGGGGCUGCUGGGGGUGGGCGACAGCGCGGGCGAGGUGCAGGACCUGCUGGUGAGGCUGCUGCAGGCGGCGCUCUACGACCCCGGGCUGCCACCGUACUGCCAGUCCCUGAAGAUCCUGGGGGAAAAGGUGUCGGAGAUCAGCCUGAACCGUGACACCGUCUCCGAGAUCCUGCGCUGCUUCCUGAUGGCGUACGGGGCGGGCGAGGACCUGUGCGAGGGGCUGAGGACCAAGCCCUUCCAGGCCCUGCCCCCGGAGAAAAAAGCCACCAUCCUGGCCUUCCUGGUGAACGAGCUCAACAGCAGCGCCCUCAUCAUCAACGAGAUCGACAAGACCCUGGAGAACAUGUCCAACUACAGGAAAAACAAGUGGAUCAUCGAGGGCCGGCUGCGCAGGUUGAAGGUUGCCCUGGCCAAGAAGACGGGUCGUCCGGAGUCGGAGAUCACGGGGCUGGAGGACGGACGGCGCCGACGCAGCUCCCGCCUGACGGAGGAGACGGGCCUGGAGAUGGAGGAAGAGGAGGAGAGCCGCGGGCGGAAAUCCCGCAGGGAGGAGGAGGCCGACACGUCUGCGUCCAGCGUCCCCGAGCUGGAGAGGCAGAUCGAGAAGCUGGCCAAGAGGCAGAUGUUCUUCCGCAAGAAGCUGCUCCAUUCCUCACAGACGCUGCGAGCGGCUUCUCUGGGCCAGGACCGGUACCGGCGGCGGUACUGGGUCCUGCCCCACCUGGGGGGCAUCUUCGUGGAGGGCGCAGAGGCAGCCGAGCCGGUGCCCCAGGAGCCCCCAGAGGAGAAGGCGUCCCCCCACGUCUCCCCGGUGAAGGAGGAACCGGUGGAGGUGCCCAUUCCCAACCGGACAAACUGCUCGGCCUCACGCUCCCGUGGCCGGCCCCGGAAGAGCAAAGAGGAGCUGUCGCAGCACUGUGGGCCCAGACCCCCCCCCCCUGUUGAAGGUUGCCCUGGCCAAGAAGACGGGUCGUCCGGAGUCGGAGAUCACGGGGCUGGAGGACGGACGGCGCCGACGCAGCUCCCGCCUGACGGAGGAGACGGGCCUGGAGAUGGAGGAAGAGGAGGAGAGCCGCGGGCGGAAAUCCCGCAGGGAGGAGGAGGCCGACACGUCUGCGUCCAGCGUCCCCGAGCUGGAGAGGCAGAUCGAGAAGCUGGCCAAGAGGCAGAUGUUCUUCCGCAAGAAGCUGCUCCAUUCCUCACAGACGCUGCGAGCGGCUUCUCUGGGCCAGGACCGGUACCGGCGGCGGUACUGGGUCCUGCCCCACCUGGGGGGCAUCUUCGUGGAGGGCGCAGAGGCAGCCGAGCCGGUGCCCCAGGAGCCCCCAGAGGAGAAGGCGUCCCCCCACGUCUCCCCGGUGAAGGAGGAACCGGUGGAGGUGCCCAUUCCCAACCGGACAAACUGCUCGGCCUCACGCUCCCGUGGCCGGCCCCGGAAGAGCAAAGAGGAGCUGUCGCAGCACUGUGGGCCCAGCCCCCCCCCCCUGUCAACGGGGUCCUGGAGGAGCCGGUGCCCCUGGGGCAGAGCCAGCACGACCUCAGCCAGUCUGCCUUCCUCUCCUGGCUGAGCCAGACCCAGUCAUCCCUGCUCAAGGACUCCGUCCUCACCCCGGACAGCAGCCCCGGCAAGGGGGACACGGGGCUCCCACCGCUGGAGACCACCUCGGACCCCGCGGAGGAGGAAGAGGAGGAGGAGGAGGGUGCCCCAGAGGCUGCAGAAAAGCAGGGGCCCUGGUUCAACCUGCUGCCCCGGACACCCUGCGACGACCGAACCCCCCUCGCUACCUCCUCCGCCGAGCCCUCGCCGCGAGCCCCCGCGCAGCCCCGCAGCCAGCCCCGUGCCCAGCCCUGCGGCGACUUGCCCAAGGGCUCAGCCAGGCAGCUGAACGGCCUCCCCGCCGAUGAUGCCGGGGCUCCCCUGCUCGCUUCCACCCCCGUGCACGCCGGCACCAGGGCCCACGGCGCCUGCCCCAGGAGCAGGGGCAGCCUGGAGAAGCUCCAGGACCUGUCGGGGCAGCCCAAACGCCGAGGGCGACCCCCUACCAAAUUCUUCAAGCAGAUCGAGCAGAAGUACUUGACUCAGCUGACGGAGCAGCCCGUUCCCCCUGAGAUGCAGAGCGGCUGGUGGUGGCUGCAGGACCCCGAGGAGCUGGAGGCGGUGGCUCGAGCGCUGCACCCGCGGGGCAUCCGGGAGAAGGCGCUGCACAAGCACCUCACCAAGCACAAGGAGUUCCUGCGGGAGGUCUGCCAGCGUGCCACCACCGACCCCAUCUUCCACCUGCGCCCCGAGGCGGCCGGUGCCGCCGUGUCUCAGGAAGCCCUGGCCCAGUGGUCGGUGAUGGAGAGAGCCUACGAGACCGACCUGGCCGUGCUGCAGUGGGUGGAGGAGCUGGAGCAGCGCGUGCUGAUGGCCGACCUGCAGAUCCGGGGCUGGACGUGCCCCAGCCCCGACUCCACGCGGGAGGACCUGCAGUACUGUGAGCACAAAGUGGAGCCUCUGGAAGACAUCACGGUCCGCAGCCGGCGGGACGGGUUGCCGCUGUGCCGGGAGCGCACCAACCCGCUGGACCUGGCGGUGCUGCGGCUGGCGGCGCUGGAGCAGAACGUGGAGCGGCGCUACCUGAAGGAACCGCUCUGGCCCCUGCACGAGGUGGUGGUGGAAAAGGCCGUGCUGAGCAGCCCCGAGGAGCUGAGCCUUGGCCCCACCGAGAUAGCCUACGAGAUCACGCCCCGCGUGCGGACGUGGCGGCAGACGCUGGAGCGGUGCCGGAGCGCGGCCCAGGUCUCCCUCUGCAUCUACCAGCUGGAGAAAUCCAUCGCCUGGGAGAAGUCGGUCAACAGAGUGACCUGCCUGGUGUGUCGGCGCGGGGACGACGACGAGCACUUGCUGCUGUGUGACGGCUGCGACCGCGGCUGCCACCUCUACUGCCACCGGCCCAAGAUGACGGAGGUGCCCGAGGGCGACUGGUUCUGCUCCGUCUGCGUCUCCCGGGCAGGGCAGUACCGGGACCCCGUCUCGCCCCGGCGAGGCAAGAAGCGGAAACGGGGGCGUCUCUUCGCGGGGAGUCUCCGGGAGGAGGAGGAGGGUCCACGGCGCCGUCCGGCCUCGCGCCGCCGCGAGGGGCUGCCCGUACCCCGCUACGCGGGCGAGGGGCUGUCCCCCGCCAAACGGAGGGGCGCGUCGCUGCGGGGCCACAACAGCGACCUGACCUUCUGCGAGUGA